GUGAAUUAAUCUAAUAAAUUAAAUGUCUCAGCCAGUUUUACAAAAUAAUAUCGCUAAAACCCAUCAAUACCAAGAAUAUGUUUCACGACUUGAUCCUAUUUUUGAAGAAAUGGCCUCACGAAUCAGGCAGAUGAAGAAGUCUCCCAAAAGUUUUAAACCACAGAAGUUUCCACUGACUAAGAUUAAGAAGAUCAUGAAGGAAGAGGAGGAUAUACAGAUGAUAUCAGCUGAGGUACCAGUGCUCUUAUCCAAAGCUUGUGAAAUGUUCAUUACAGAGAUAACACACAGGUCUUAUUUUCAUACAAAGAGAGCAAAGAGAAAGGUGAUUCAGAGAUCAGAUCUUGCUCAGACAAUUGCCUCUGAUGAUAUUUAUGACUAUCUUCAAGACGUCAUGCCUAAAGAAGAACUGAGGGAAGCUCAAGAAAACAACUCUCGAGGUGUAGAAAGUAUGGUACUACGACCCAUCAUGGCUGUGGAGAAGGUCAACAAAAUUGAGAUAAGCAAUGAGUUAACCUUGCCAGAAGUCGACGAAGCUGAUUUAAAUAUGCUACCUGAUAAUCUGAACCCAUCACCCCUCCAAGAUGUCAUCGAUGACCCAAAACCAUCUGAUCCCACCCUACUCCAAAACUCAAUUCUAACACAUCUCCAAAGGCCCAAAUCCCUCUCCGGAGCCAUCUAACUCCAAAACCCCCUAAUUUCUAAAAACUCAUCUAAAAUACCCUUCUCAAC